AUGUAUAACAAUGUUUUAUUCUACAGACCAGUAGAUGGAUAUAGAAUACAAGUAUUACCUACUAUAUUACUAUCAGGUCCUGUUGGUUGUGGUAAAAUGACUGUUAUAGAAUGUGCUGCUCUUAGACUAUGUUUACAUAUACAACAGGUCAAUUGUCAUGAUUUGAUAGGAGAAACACCAGGUGCAACAGAAUCCAGAAUUAAAAACUGCUUUAUGGCUGGUAGUGUAUAUGCACCAUGUAUACUGGUAUUAAAAAAUAUUCAUGCUCUCGGUAAAGAAAGAGGUGGACAGUCUGAAGAUCCAAGAGUGAUCAGUGGGUUUCAUAAGAAUAUUAAACAGAUGGCUGUUGAGAGAAGGGAGUAUCCAUUAGUUAUAAUAGCUACUACUAAUAACAUACGAGCUGUAUCAGAAAAUAUGCAGGAAACUUUCUUACAUGAUAUCGAGAUGGAGGGACCAAAUGAAACAAAUAGAUUUGACAUAUUAGAAGCUCUGGUAGAUGAUGAACCAUUAGCUGCUGAUCUAUCUAUAAAACAUAUAGCACAGAGAACAGCUGGUUUUGUUUUGGGUGAUCUAGUGUGUCUGGUAGCUCAUGCUAGAAGAGAAGCUUAUGCCAGUACACUGAAAUUAUGUGGUCCAGUACAUGAUAUAUGUAUUGAAGAAGAAGAAGAUAUAGUUUGUGCUGGUGUUGUUUUACAACAGAAUCAUUUUGAAGCAGCAUUAGAUAAAUUACAAACAGCUCAUUCUGAUGCUAUUGGAGCACCUAAGAUACCAAACGUAACAUGGGAUGAUGUUGGUGGAUUAAGUAGUGUGAAAUCAGAUAUUCUAGAUACUGUUCAACUUCCUUUACAACAUCCUGAAUUAUUAUCAGCUGGAUUAAAACGAUCAGGUGUAUUAUUAUAUGGUCCACCUGGAACUGGUAAAACUUUAUUAGCGAAAGCUGUAGCUACAGAAUGUUCUUUAAACUUUCUCAGUGUCAAGGGUCCUGAAUUAAUCAAUAUGUAUGUUGGUCAAAGUGAAGAAAAUAUUAGAGAGGUGUUUAAAAGAGCUAGAAGUGCAACACCAUGUGUGAUAUUUUUUGAUGAAUUAGAUUCUCUAGCACCUAAUAGAGGUAAAAGUGCUGAUUCUGGUGGAGUUAUGGACAGAGUGGUGUCACAACUAUUAGCAGAAUUAGAUGGUUUGGGAAAGUCUUGUGAUGUCUUUGUGAUUGGGGCUACAAAUAGACCAGAUCUUUUAGAUCCUGCCUUAUUGAGACCUGGAAGAUUUGAUAAAUUAUUAUAUUUGGGAAUCAGUGAAGAUAGAGAAACUCAGUGUAAAAUUUUAAAAGCUCUAACUAGAAAGUUCCGCUUAGGAAAACAGUGUAAACUAAAAAAAGUUGUAGAGAAAUGUCCAUGGAAUAUGACCGGUGCUGAUUUCUAUGCUCUUAGUUCUGAUGCUAUGUUAAAUGCAAUGAAAAGAAAAAUACAGAAACUGGAAUUAGGAGAAACAGUAGAUACUAGUGUUGUAUGUGUUCAAGAAGAAGAUUUCUUAAAAGCUUUAUCAACAUUAAUACCAUCAGUAUCAGAGACUGAACUAGCUCGAUAUAAAGUUAUCAGAGAAAGAUUUGAAGUACCAGAUUGA